UGCGCACUGUGCAGCUCGCUACGUUAUAUUGACAUAACAAGUUUGUAACCUCAAUAGUGGUGAACUUUGGUGAACUUUUAUGAUUAAUUUCUCACAGAGCAGACGUUUUUUUUUUUAUCAGAUUUGUUCGCGUUGUGGAAACUUCAAAUGAGUUUCAUUUCAUCAAAUCAUCAAUUUCAUUUGAAUCAAGAAAAGGUAAAUUAAAUAAUUACCCAUGAAACAUGUCUGAUGAUAUACUAGCAAAGGAAAAAGAACUUCAUAGAUUGAAUCAUAAUCUCCAUCUAAAAGCACAUGAGGUAAUGAAGACUGUUGAUUCAAUCAAAUAUGUUCAUGCCGGCGAAAAUUUAUUUAGCGAUGUAAAUUCAUUGCUUCCAAAAUUUGUGGUGAAUGAUGCAAAAAUCAUAUACUCAAAAGAUGUAACACCAAAGAUAAAUAAACAGUUAAAGACAGUUAAAGUUUCUGACAUUCCAUCAGUAGAAUGUAUCAAUGACAAUGAGAUUCUGAAAAAGGAUAAUAACAUGGAAAAUAAAGCUGUUAUUAUUUUGCUCAAAAGCAAAAUAGAUAUGUUGUAUAAAAAAUUAGAAGUAAUGCAACUAGAAUAUAAUAAUAAGUGCGAUUAUUAUAAAGAAUUAGAAGUGGAAAAGAAGAAACUCGAUGACGUCCAAGUUAAAUUAUGCAAUCAAAUAGAAACGUUAAACGAUACGAUUACAAAGUUGGAACGUGUAAAUUCAGAUAUACUGUCAGACUCUCAAUCUUUAAGUAAAGAAAAUAUUAUUUUGAAGAAGGACUUAGAAAAUCUUAGAAAAGAAAUACGAAUAUUAAAUCAACAGUCAACCAAUCUUGAUGUGAGAUUAAAUAAAUCUCUAGAUAACAACGAGAAACUUCGAAAUGAAUUAAAAUGUAGCCACAUAAAAGAGAAGGAAUUGUUAAAACAAAUUAGAAAAGUGCAAGAAGAUAAGGAGUUAGCCAUAAAAAAUUUGGAAGAGCAGCGAUGGAAAUUGAAUCAAGCAUUUAGAAAACAAACAUUACUCGUAGAUAAUUUGAAAAAACAAAACGAAAUGCUGGAGCGAUUGCAGAACCUUGAUUGAAAAUAAAACAUGAACUAUAUAUUACGUUAUCAAACAGCGACAUAAGGCGUAAUCAACAAAAUAAAGAUAUUGUUCCAAAUA